AUGAAUUUAAGAGGAAGACAAGUGGAGAUAGCUGAUCCAUUGUGCCCGUUCUGGAACAAUUUGGAUGAAGAUGCAGCGCACCUUUUCUUCAACUACAGCAAGUAUGCAGAUGAUACUGUUUUUGUGGGUGAGGCUACAUGGGACAAUGUCUUGGUGUUGAAGGUCAUGCUAAGAGGUUAUGAAAUGGUCUCGGGCUUGAAGAUUAACUAUGCUAAGAGUCAGUUUGGUGUUAUAGGGGGUGUUGUUACUUGGACCAAUGAAGCAGCUCAAACCCUGAAUUGUAGACAAUUGGAAACCCCAUUCACCUACUUGGGUAUUCCAAUUGGGGCUAAACCUUCCAGCAGUGUUGUGUGGGAGCCUUUAAUAAAAAAAAUGAUUAUCAAUUCCAAGUAUGGAGGCAGGUCUGAUUUUCAGUCAGCUCGUGUUCAAGGGGGGCAUUCAUACUGGAGGAGGGACCUAAGAAAGCUUUAUCACCAGUCUGAUCAAAGCAUUUUUCAACAAUGCAUGAGCUGGAAGGUUGGGUGUGGGGAUAAAGUCAGCUUUUGGAAAGAUAAGUGGUUAGGGGAAGGUCCUACUCUUCAACAGAAAUACAAUCAGCUGUUUCUCAUUAAUAGACAGCAACCCGACCUUAUUUCAAUGAUAGGAAAUUUCUCUCAAGAUAACUGGAGAUGGGACUUGAAAUGGAGGAGGAAUCUGUUUGAUCAUGAAAGUGAUCUAGCUGUCAAUUUUAUGGAAGAAAUCAGCUCUAUACAUAUUCAGAGGCAUGUUAAGGACAUCAUGACUUGGAAAGCUGAUCCUAGUGGUGUUUAUUCCACAGAGUCAGCCUACAAAUUAAUGAUAACCCCCUCUACUCCAACCUCUGAACUGAGAUCCUCAACAUUACUAUGGAAAUUGAAAAUUCCCCCAAAAGCUGCAGUUUUCACUUGGAGGCUUGCUCCUUACUAG